AUGCCGACUCUGGAGACACCCAACUCUGGAACGGGUGUGAAUCUCCCACCUACGGCGUCGCAAGGAGACGCAGCAACGCGUGAAAAGGCUAAGGAUGCUCAGACAUACGACGUAGAAGAUUGCAAAUCUGAGAAUGAACCCGAUAAGGAAGCGCCCGAGGGAGCAGCAAAAAUGGAGUCUCCCCUAGUUGCUUACCUGGAGCAGAUGUUCUCCAAGAGGCUCGAUGCCAUGCAGUCCAUGGUAGAGAGGCUCCCAGGAGUAGCUCCCCCCAUCCGGAAGACCAAACCCGACUCUUAUGCUGACACUCCUUACGCGGAUGAGAUCACCUUCAUCGAGAUGCCCAGGAGGUUCUCCUUCCCUAGCAUAAAGGCGUAUGACGGCACCAGCGAUCCGGACGAUCAUGUCGCCCAGUACAGACAAAGGAUGCUCGCUGUAGCACUCCCAAAGGAGUCGCAUGAAGCUGCCAUGUGCAAAGGGUUCGGUUCAACCCUGACCGGACCCGCUCUGCAAUGGUACACAAACCUACCCACCAGGUCCAUAGCCUCCUUCGCUAUUCUCAGCGACAAGUUCGUAGAAAAAUUUGCCAGCAGCAGGGACCUGGAGAAAACAUCUGACGGCCUCUACGAAAUCCUCCAGCACCGGGCGGAAGCCCGCUUCAAUCAAGAGAAGGUGUCCAUUCCUGAAUGCAAAAUCCCCACUGCCAUCUCUGCCUUCAAGAGAGACCACUGUCACAAAACGGAGGACUGCGUCGCACUGAAGAUCGAGGUCAAUGAAUUCCUUAAGAAAGGACACCUCAAGGAGUUGCUUUCCGAGAAGGCCAGGCGCCAUCUAAGCAAGGAGACAACGGGAAAGCCAACUGAAGCUGCUCCCGUCUCGCCACCUCGACAGAACCGAGUGAUCCAUGUCAUAUCGGGCGGCUCGGAAAUCAGCAGUAUAAGCCACGCAACAGCGAAGAAAAGCCCUUGGAAUGCCAAACACGGCCUAGAGGCAGCCAAGCCGAAAUGCCUUCUCCUGGGUACGGAUGAAAUAAGUUUCACGGCCAAGGAGCAGGAAAAGGUUCUCACCUCACAUAAUGACGCCCUGGUCAUAUCGCUCAUUGUACCGAACAACCUGGACGCAUACAAGGAUCUAGGGCUGGAGGAAAGCACUCUACCUCGAAGGAUAACCCCAUUCAUAGGGUUUAGCGGAGAAGUCAAGCAGACCGCCAGAGAGGUGACCCUCCCGGUAUACGCUGAAGGGAUCAACAUGUCAACCAAAUUCCUUGUCGUUGACUACGAUUCAUCCUACAACAUGAACCUGGGGCGACCCUGGAUUCACGGCAUGAGGGGAUCAAGAGCACUUCUUCUCCUGCUACCAGACUACCUUGAAGGGAAAGACCAAGGUCUUAUAGCAAUUACAGAGGAAACCUACGGCUCAUCACACCGAGUAACCGGAGGUCAAAGAAAUGGACUACGUGCCAUUAAUCGAAGGGGACCAGACCUGCAUCCCAAGGUUGGCUCCAAGCUGACCGAAGGACUAAGGAGGAGGUUAAUAAACUUCCUCUGGUCUAACUCCGACUGCUUCGCUUGGUCCCACGCAGAUAUUCCUGGGAUCGAUCCGGAGAUAAUCAUGGACAAGCUGCAGGUGGAUCCCCUACAUCAACCCGUCAGACAAAAAAGGAAGUUUGCUUCCGAAAGGGACACAAUCAUCAACGAUGAAGUCAAAAGCCUGCUCGGCGUGGGGUUCAUUCGCGAGGUGCAAUACCCGGAAUGGCUAGCCAACUUGAUCAUAGUCAAAAAGAAGAACGGAAAGUGGAGAGUCUGCAUAGACUUCACAGACCUCAACAAGUCCUGCCCAAAGAACCCCUUCCCUCUGCCUCACAUCGACAAGCUGGUCAACGCCACCGUGGGGCAUCAGCUGAUGAGUUUCAUGGACGCGUUCUCUGGCUACAAUCAAAUACUCAUGCAUCCGGAAGACCAGGAGAAGACAUCCUUCAUGACGUCUAGAGGGAUCUAUAGCUACAAAGUUAUGCCCUUUGGCCUAAAGUACGCGGGAUCAACCCACCAACGACUGGUGAACAUGAUGUUUGCGGACCAGAUAGGGCGCACCAUGGAGGUCUACAUCGACAACAUGCUGGUCAAGUCCCUAGAGGCUGAAGACCACAUAUCUCACCAGCAACAAGCCUUCUCCACUCUUCGGAAGUACAACAUGAAGCUCAACCCAGCUAAAUGCUCAUUUGGGGCCAGUUCCGGCAAAUUCCUCGGGUACAUUGUAACCCACUGGGCAUCGAAGCCAACCCCGAGGAAGCGGGCGGCCACUAUCAGGGCCAUCCAUUCGAUCCCUUCCCCGAAGAACGUCAAGGAGGUCCAAAAGCUAACGGGAAGAAUGGCGGCUUUGAGCAGAUUCAUCUCCAGACUCUCCGACAAAUCUCAUGCCUUCUUUGGAACCCUCAAAAACGCAAAGGACUUUCAGAGGAUGGAAGAGUGCGAAUCCGCUCUCCAUCCUAAAGGUGUAUCUCACCACUCCUCCUCUCCUAUCCAAGCACUACUCGGUGAGGUCCUGCUGCUAUAUCUAGCAGUCUCGGAGCACGCCGUAAGUGCCGUCCUAGUACGCGAGGAAGGAAGCAAGCAGCUACCAAUCUACUACAUAAGUAAGGCUCUCCUGGAUGCAGAAACCUGCUACAGCCAUCUAGAGAAGCUGGCCUUAGCCCUGAUAGUGGUCGUCCGCAAGUUGCAGCCCUUCUAUUAG